GUCAAGGUUUCGCUGACAUACCGAGCCAACCGGAGGAUUCUGUGGUGAUCGAUUUCAACUAUUACCGCGUCGACAAUGCUUCCAACCCGAGGCUAAAUGAAGACAUCUGGGAAGAAAUCGAGCAAAUGGUAUUCUUCAAGUAUGGCGUGCGGCCACAUUGGGUGAAGAAUAGGAAUCUUGGGUUCUUGGGAGUGCAGAGUAAUUACCCAAAAUUCAACAAAUUCAUUGCGGAGAAAAAACAAUUGGACCGUGCAUUUGCUCGGAGGACAAACAUUGCAAUCCGAGCACAAGGUACCUCUGCAAAGAAGGUCUUGUUUACAAGGAAGCCAGAGUCUGUGGAUAAUCGUCAUCCUCCAUUGUGUAACGAUUCUAUGACACCACCGAACUCCAUCUCGCCACCAAGAACAGCCCCAAAACAGAGUGGCUCAAGGUUAGCAAAACCCAGAAACAAAAAAGAAGAAGUCGUCCAUGAUUUUGAGGGAAUUCAGUUGCAAUGGAAGUAUGUCUGCAUAGAGCCUUUGAAGAUCUUGCAGGGAGAAAGGCAGGUUGUUGGGCGGAAAAGUUCCAAGGAUUGGGUAGGCUGCUAUUGGGUGGAGAAGAAGAUCUUGCAUGGAGAGAGGCAUAUUGAAAAUUCUAGGGAUCUCACCCCCAAAUCAUGAAAUAGGAAAGAAGAAGAGAGAUGGGAGAAAAAGGAGCCAUGGGAUCACACAUGCCACGUAGGAAUGUAAUUUUUUACAAUCAGCCUUAUGGGUCUAGUUGGCAUGCCACGUAUUGAGGGAGUAAUAGACCGUAAUGGACAGC